AUGAUCUUUCACUCUCUCUCGUUUUCUUACAAAGUUUCUGGAUACGCCACUGGCGCGGUGCACCAGCAGCCGUGCCACAUCGUGUACACGGGCUACCGCCCCACGCCCCUGCAGCACUACAUCUUCCUGGCAGGCGCCGUGCACCAGCAGCCGUGCCACAUCGUGUACACGGGCUACCGCCCCACGCCCCUGCAGCACUACAUCUUCCUGGCAGGCGCCGUGCACCAGCAGCCGUGCCACAUCGUGUACACGGGCUACCGCCCCACGCCCCUGCAGCACUACAUCUUCCUGGCAGGCGCCGUGCACCAGCAGCCGUGCCACAUCGUGUACACGGGCUACCGCCCCACGCCCCUGCAGCACUACAUCUUCCUGGCAGGCGCCGUGCACCAGCAGCCGUGCCACAUCGUGUACACGGGCUACCGCCCCACGCCCCUGCAGCACUACAUCUUCCUGGCAGGCGCCGUGGGGCUCUUCCUAGCCGUCGACGAGAAGGGCAAGUUCCGCGAAGCUUCCUUCCAGAAGGCGAUGAACGCAGUGGAAGGGGGAGAGGGCGGCGGAAAGGGGGAGGACGGGGAGGACGGGGGGAAGAAAGGGGGGAAGUGGGGGAAGGGGAAGCGGGGGGCGGGAGGGGGUGGCCCUGGGGGAGGGGGAGCCGGAGGGGGAGGCGGAGGGGGGAAGAAGGGGGAGGAGAGUGAUAUAUACAAGAUCGUGAAGAUGAUAAUGCAGAGGCAGUACGACCCGGUGAUUGUGUUCUCGUUCAGCCGUGCGGACUGUGAGGCGCUGGCGCUGCAAAUGUCAAGGAUGGAUCUGAAUGACGAUGAUGAGAAGACUCUGAUUGAUGGGAUCUUCAGGAAUGCCAUUGACAGCCUGGCAGAGGAAGACAAGAAGCUGCCCCAGAUGUCUCGGAUGGAUUUGAAUGACGAUGAUGAGAAGAAGCUGAUUGAGGAGACCUUCAGGAACAACGCCAUUGACAGCCUGGCAGAGGAAGACAAGAAGCUUCCCCAGGUGAACAGCAUGCUGCCGCUGCUGCGGAGGGGCAUCGGCAUUCACCACUCGGGGCUGCUGCCCUUGCUGAAGGAAGUGAUUGAAAUCCUCUUUCAAGAGGGGCUGCUCAAGUGCCUCUUCGCAACCGAGACCUUCAGCAUAGGGCUCAACAUGCCGGCCAAGACGGUCGUGUUCACCAACGUGCGCAAGUGGGACGGCACCAAGUCACGGUGGCUGUCAGGAGGCGAGUACAUUCAGAUGAGCGGGCGGGCAGGCAGGCGAGGGCUGGACGACCGGGGCAUCUGCAUUCUCAUGGUGGACUCGCGCAUGGAGCCUGCUGUUGCCAAGGGAAUGGUCAAGGGCUCUGCGGACCCUCUAGUGAGCGCCUUCCACCUGUCCGCCUUCCACCUGUCAUACAACUUCAUUCUGAACCAGCUGAGGAGCCCCGAGGUGGAGAUAGAGCAAACCAUCAGAAGCUCAUACCGCCAGUUUCAAUCGGACCGAGCACUGCCGGCCCUGCAGGUGCGCUUACAAGCACUGGAAACUGAGUAUUCAUCAAUCACCAUCCCGGACGAAUCGUCCCUCCUCGCCCUCCUCUCGCUCCGUCGCCAACUUUCCGCCCUGCGUGCUGAAAUCCGCUGCUUCCUCACCACCCCCUCUUUACCACGGCGUGCCUCCCCACUUUUCCCACCCCCCUCCCCUUGCCCCCCUUCGCAGGCGCGCUUACAAGCCCUUGAAGCCGAGCACUCAGCAAUCACCAUCCCCGACGAGUCGUCUCUCCUCGCCCUCCUCUCCCUGCGCCGCCAACUCUCCGCCCUGAGGGCUGAAAUCCGCUCCUUCCUCACCUCCCCCCGCCACGCCCUCCCCUUCCUCUCCCCUGGGAGGGUUGUGCGGAUACUGUGCCAGGGGGGAGGGGGAGGGGCGGGGGGAGCGGAGGGGGAAGGGGAAGGGGAGGGCGGAGGGGAAGGGGGGGAGGCGGGGGGGAUUGGGAAUGAGGAGGAUGUGACUGUAUGGGGGGUGGUGGUGAAUUUCAAGAAGGUGAACCGGAAACGAGGAGGAGUGGGAGGAGGGGAGCAGCAAGAUGAGGCGGCGGAGGCAGCAGCUGACGUGGCGUAUGACGUGGACAUUCUCACACGGUGUGUGGAGGAAGGAAGUGCAGGGCGCAUGGGGCCGCCUGGGGGGCCCAGGAAGGUGGUGCGGCCGUGCAGACCGGGAGAAGAGGGGGGCAAUCCCUUGGUCGCCUCGUUCCCUCUGACCCAGCUAGACGCCAUAAGUGCAGUGCGCCUGUUUCUCCCAAAGGACCUCAAGCACAAGGAGCCAAGAGAGGCCGCCCUGAAGUCGCUGCAGCAGCUGCUGCUGAGAGCCGGGGCGGAUGGCGUGCAGAUGCUGGACCCUGAAGAAGACAUGGAGGUGAACAGCUCAGCCUAUCGCAAGGCAGUGAGGAGAGCCGAAGCACUCGAAGCUCUGAUCGCCUCUCACGCUCUAGCCUCGGUUCCAGACCUGCAGGUUCGGGUCCGGGAGCUGGCUCGAAAGAGCAAGCUGAAGAUUGCUCUCAAAGUGCUUAAGAAGGAGGUCAAGGCGGCGGGCGGGCUUAUAUUGAAGGACGAGCUUAAAGCGAGGAUGAGGGUGCUGCGGCGAUUAGAGUACAUCAAUGAGGACGAGAUUGUUCGAGUAAAGGGCCGGGUAGCGUGUGAGAUCUCUUCAGCGGACAAGCUGGUGGUGACAGAGCUGCCCUUCAGUGCAGCCCUGGCGGACGUCCCUCUUGAGACUGUGCCGCCCGCUGCCAGUCCCCCAACCUGCCAUCUUGUUUGCUUCUGGCGAAAUCGUGCGGGUCAAAGGCCAGGUGGCCUGUGUGAGAUCUCCUCAGCAGACGAGCUGGUGGUGAUAGAACUGCUCUUCGGUGCAGCUCUCCUUUUCCCCUUCCACUCUUUCCCUGCAGAUACAUCGAUGAGGGCGAAAUCCGCUGCUGUGGUGCUGCGUGUGGCAGGAGAAGGGGGCGGGCGGGGCGAAGCAACCGAGGGAGAGUUUGCAGGGGUCGCUGGCUCAGCUGAGGGAGAUGCCCGGCGGAUAGCACGCGUGCAGGAGGAGUGUAAGAUUGCUGUCGAUGUGGAAACGUAUGUGGCGUCCUUCCGACCGGAUAUCAUGGAGGCAGUGUUUGGGUGGUGCCAUGGGAUGGGACCCACUCUGCAGAUGUGCACAACACCUCCUUCCUCUUGCUCUCCCACCCUGCUCUCCUCCCCCUGCCACCGUCAGAUUGCUGUAGAUGUGGAAACGUAUGUGGCGUCCUUCCGACCGGACAUAAUGGAGGCGGUGUUUGGGUGGUGCCAUGGGGCCUUCUCUACUCUGCAGAUGUGCUCAGCCCCUCUUUCCUCUUUCUCUCCCACCCUGCUCUCCCCCCCCUGCCACCAUCAGAUUGCUGUCGAUGUGGAAACGUAUGUGGCGUCCUUCCGACCGGACAUAAUGGAAGCGGUGUUUGGGUGGUGCCAUGGGGCCGCGUUUGCUGAUGUGCUGGCAGCUGCCGACACGUUUGAGGGGUCGCUGAUUCGCGCUAUGAGGCGAUUGGAGGAGCUGCUGCAGGAGGUGAGCGUGGGAGAGGGUGCACUUGUGAGUGGGUCGCUGUUUUUCUAUGUAACAAAACACAGAGAGGCAGUAGCUGGCACGUUUGAGGGGUCGCUGAUUCGUGCCAUGAGGCGGCUGGAAGAUCUGCUGCAGGAGGUGGGAGUGGGGUGUGUGAGUUGUGAGUUGAGUGUGUCCUCUGAAUGGGUUCAGUAA